ACCACCAACAUAACAACCACCACCACUACCACCAUCAUCACCAUCAUUGUCUUUACCAUCAUCACCAUCAUCAUCAUUGUCAUCAUCAUCAUCAAUUAACCAUUAUUUCCUACCUUCAGAUUUUCUAGGAAAGUGAGAUCAGACAAGGAGGACACACUGAAAGAGUAGAACAUUUUGUGGAACCUAAGAAACACUCUAAUGAUCCUUAAUGCAGCCCACACAGAGGGCAAGUUGAUAAAGCCAUGUCUAACAAUUCAAACGUGACGUCACCACCACCUAUCACUCAAACAACUCAAGCAGCCAAUCAUAUCAACACAUGCAGCAACAGCCACUCAAUCAUUCAAAUCAGCAUGAUUGUGGUUGUCAUGGCAGUGUCAAUCAUUGGCAAUGGUGCCGUCUGUGCUCUGCUUUUGCGUUUCAAGACUUUACGGACCGUCCCCAAUAUCCUUGUCGCGAACCUGGCCCUUAUCGAUGUCGUCAAUGCAUGCGUGAACAUGCCACUCUUUAUCAUGUGGUACCAGUGUAAAGUCCCGUAUAUCGGUGGCCCUGCUGUGUCAUGGUUCACCAUCUCGUUUUACGUGUUGUUUAUGAACUUGACAGUAGUGUCCCUCGUGGUUUUGAUGUUGGACCGCUACGGAGCCAUUGUACACGGGUUAAGGUACCACUCGUGGAAAACUCGCAACAAGGCACUGUUUUCUGUUUUCGUCAUUUGGUUCUGCGCAUGCGCCUACACCUAUGGACAGUUCGCCAUGGGUAUCCAUGUGGACAUUGGUCCUCAACCCGCAUGGAUGUACCGCAUGGAGUACUUUAAGAUCUUCGGGCGACCCUUCGUACUCACUGGUUACGUGGUCCCUUUGUUUGUCAUCUCCAUCCUCGGAAUCCUUAUCUGGCGUCAAGUGCGCAUGAGUACUAUCGCUAUUAGCCCGCAGAGCAGCCUGGGUAGCGACAUCAAACACAGACGUGACGUGGCAACCGCAAAGACUGUCGGUCUCACCAUCCUGGCUUAUUUCUGGUUUGGCUUCUUCCCAGUUCUCCUCCACAGUGUCGCAAAGAUUCAUGGGUCCUGGGUGCACUUCUUUGCUUAUUGGUUCAUCCACGUCAGCAGUAUGGCUAAUCCAAUCAUCUACUCGUUGCGUACGCAGAGGUUCCGACUUACGCUGACUCUCCUCCUGCGGGAACCCUGUGGAAAGAGCCAGCCCAGCAUGACGUCAUCCUCUAUGGUGCCAUCUUCGGGUGUGACGCACUCGACUGGCUGGACAUCAUCGUCCACUAUCAAGAUAAUUAAAGUGAAGCCGGCGGUGAACGUGACGUCAUCGGCUUGGAUGAUGACGUCAUUUAACGGUAGUGCUUUGUCGUCACAGGCUACUGUCGAGAGUGGGGGGAUAGUGAACUUGGAGGAGGACAAUGAUGAUAUGGCGAUUUUCUGAGAGGAAUGGUUACUUAAGUAUUGGAAUGAUCAGAAUAGGUUUGUAAAUAUAGACACGAUGUAUUGCGACUUUUAUGAUAGAGGACACGGUUAAAGAGCAGCUUUCACUCUUGGAGUAUAAAUGUAUAUACUUGUAUGUAAAAAAUAAUGACAGUAUUGGUGUUGACAGAGAAUAAUAGGUCACCUGUUUUCUGUUGGCCACGGUCUACUUACAGGCAAGGAUUCAGAAAUAUUUUGACCUUUUAAAAGAAUGCCAAUCACCCACUCCUUUGUUAUUGUUUAUCAUUGAAAAAGCUAUUAUAACUAUUAUAAGAAUGAAGACAUGUAGCUAAUACUAAUGUAACGUACUAACUUUGACCUGUUUACGUAAACAGGUGUAAAUUGUCUGGAUCCGAAAAUUUAGCAAUAUCAAUAACAUACGUCCAAUAUACGGAUAGCAUUUAAGAUAUUGAAUUAGAUAUAUAGUCUCAUUUAGCCCGUUUAUCAGGCGAUUUUAUUUGUCAAAAGUUAGAGCGGGAAAAUAAAACUCUUUGUCGCUUCCUGGUAUAUACUUCAAAGGGAACGAUAAAAGGGACUGACACUCAAUCUCAUAUUGAUUCGACACUCAAUCUCAUAUUGAUUCGACGGCUUUUAAGAUGAUGAGCAGACUACGUGAGAUUGAAGCUACGUAGCGUGUACAUGCUUGUAAAUAUGCUUGUUUGAGCGUUAACAUGCCUUAUCUACUUGUCAUUUGAGGCAAUAAAAAAAUGCAAGAUAUAUAUCAA